CCCCAUAGCAGCAACUGCUAAAUUGGCUGCUGCGGGCUUUGUUUUCCUGGCGUCCUCUGGCUGGGAGCGUUGUCCGGCCCACUCGGCGGCACUCAGCCACGAACGAAGAUCAAACAGUUGGAAGGAAGAAAACCUCAAGUAAAAAAGAACCUUUUCAAGGAACAGGGUUCAUCAUGAAUAUAACACAGGACCAGAGUGUCAGUUCCAGCAAUAAAGAGCCGCUGUCCAGGUGCUGUGAAGCCAGGAAGGAGUUGGAACAUGCCAUUGGUGGUGUGCUCAAGGCUGAACAGCACAUUAAAGAUAACUUGAGAGAAGUUAAAGCUCAGAUUCACAGCUGCAUAAGCCGUCAUCUGGAAUGUCUGCGAAGCCGGGAGGUGUGGCUGUAUGAGCAGGUAGAUCUCAUCUAUCAACUUAAAGAAGAAACACUUCAGCAGCAAGCCCAACAACUGUACUGGCUACUGGGACAGUUCAAUUGUCUUAUUCACCAGUUGGAAUGUACCCGUAGUAAAGAUCUAGCCAAUCAAGUUUCUGUGUGCCUGGAGAGGCUGGGUAGCUUGACCCUCAAACCUGAAGAUUCAAGUGUCCUGCUGUUUGAAGCUGAUAUACCUUCUCUUCGUCAGACCAUCACUACAUUUGGCUCUCUCAAAACCAUGCAAAUCCCUGAGCACUUGAUGACUUGUGCUGCUUCGCCCAGUCCUGGGCCACCUGGAGAGAGAAAGGCGUCUCUCCCCAAGCAGGAGCAGAAACCAUCAUUCCACCCUUCAUUUAUCCCACUUCGUGAUUGGCUUCUUAGAAGCAAACCAGCCUCAACUCAUCUGUCUCCUUAUGUACCCAGCACCAACCCCCAGGACUGGCUUAACAAAAAGCAAACUUUGACAAGCAGCCAGGGUCCCUCCCAAACCUGCAACUUUAAUAUCAGUAACAUCUGGGGCAACUUCAAGGGCUUGGAAAACUGGCUCCACAAGCAAGAUAUUUCUGAGAAAAGAAGCCCCCCAAAGUGGAAUAGCCCCUUCUCUGCAGAAAUAGAAAAAGGGGCUAACCUAGAGCUCCCUGAAGAAGAAAUGGAUCUUUCUGAUUGGCUGGUUACCUCUCCUGAGCCUCAGAAUGGCAACUUGGAAAGAGAUGAGAAAUCAAAGCUUUUCCAACUUUUCAAGGAAGAUUAUAAUGCAAAUGAUUGGCUUCUCAAGCCUGAUUCCUGCACUAAUUGUCAGGGCAACCAGCCCAAAGGUGUAGAGAUUGAAAAUUUGGGAAAUCUGAAGUGCCUGAAUGAGCACCUGGAAGGAAAGAGGCCAUCGCCCCCUUCCCCCACACCAAGUGAAAAUUGGAUUGUCCAGCAUCAUCAGGUUCCUUUUAAAGUUGAGGAGGUGUGCAAAGCUAAUGAGCCCUGCACCAGCUUUUCAGAGUGUGUUUGUGAAGACCAGUGUGAGAAGGAGGCCUUGUGUAAGUGGCUCCUGAAGAAGGAAGGGAAAGAUAAAAAUGGUGUCCUGGUGGACCAGCUGCCAGUUCUGAAACCUGAGCUAUUGAAGCUGAAAUCUUCCUUGAAUAUGUGGCUCUGUCCCUCUAGGGAAGAGGCAGAGGAACAGGCUAAGAUACCAAAGCCAACUUCUUGUACAAUUCCUGAACCUCUCAAAAUUUUGCUGGACAGCCCCUUGUCAGAUUGGCUUGCCAAAACAAAAGCCAAAGAAGUAAGAGCAUGGGAAACAACCGGUCCAGAUGACAAAGUUAGUCAGGAGGGGUUGUCACCACCUAAACAAAUGCGUCCUAACUCCAUGACCAUUUGGCAUCACCCAGUUAACGCAGCUGAUUGGAUAUUGCCUUCAAAGAAUACGGGAAGUUUUAGCCAGCCACCUGGGGAAGAUAAGUGGUUACUUCGAAAGAAGGCCCAGGAGGCAUUCCUUAAUUCACCCCUUCAUGAAGAACAUGCGUUUCCCCAGGACCGUUAUGGCCUGCCAGCAGUUUGUGAUCUUUUUACCUGUAUGCAGCUUAAAGUUGAUAAAGACAAGUGGUUGUAUCGAACCCCUGUCCAGAUAUGAGGAAACAAACACUUAGAAACCAAGGAAUCUUCCUGCUGAUCACCGCACAUCCGUGAACCAACUGACUGCAGCUUGCUGAAUCAUUGUGUUUCUGGAUCUUACUAGUAUUGUGUUGUGUUUCUUUUAUGCCAAAUUUUAAACUAGUGAGAUUAAACAAUAACAUAUUACUGAGUUAACCUAAAAAGAAAAGCCCACUUGUGAAGAGUACGCACAUUUUUAACUAGUUAAGUGCUGCAUCAGGGUGCCUACCCUUUACAAAGAUACCUCUGUAUCUGCCAUUUGGAUUGUGUUGGAAAGCAUACAAUGAAAUUUCCAAAUGAAGUCACUUUUUCUUAACAUCCAAGUGCAGCUUUCUUAACCAAAAGUAUUGCCCUUUCUGCAGAUUUUGACUAAUUUUUCUUGCUCUGGAUCCUGUCUUAGUGGUCAUCAAUGAUUCGUUUUCUGGUAUGCAGUUUUACGAUUGUAUUCCAUGUAUAAACUAAAUUUGCCAGUAUAUUGAAGUGUCUACUUUUUAAAGGGUAAACUCGUUAGUCCAGAAACUAAAAAGUAGAAUGGCUUUUUUAGCCUCAUUGUUAGCUCUGCUCAAGUUUUUUUCCUGUAGGGAAAAAUUGGAAACCUUCUCUACAGGUUAUUGGGCUGUCUGGUUAUCUUAAUGCCCCGUAUUUUAUUCAUUUGUCAAGACAGAGCACAAUGCAUAUUGUGGAUAGUAUGUAAUGCAAUAAAUUGCAUCUCAUUGUAUGAUUUUUCUUGGAGUUGAAAGUAUUUUAAUAGCCAAAAUUAGUUGAUUAGUAGAAUGAAAAGACAAGUGUACUCAGCAUUUGGCUUGCUGUGGUUCCAUUAUACUUGAACUAUCCAAAGGGAUUGUUGGUGCAUCCUGUGUAAUAGGAAGAUCUUCUACUGCAGCAUUAUAGACAUAACCAUUUCAACUAUGAGCAAAUGAAAUGCUGGCUGUCAUAACAUAUACGAUACUAGGAUAAUUUUGGUUUAAGUCCAUAAAACAUCUCAGUAGAUUGUCUUGACUACUUGUGCCUUGGGGCAUUUAUUUAUAAAAAAAUUUGUGAAACAUUCCCUUCAAUGUCCUUAAGUCAAGUUCAAAAACACCGUCCUUAUUAAUAACAAAGAUUUGUGCUAUUUUUAUUUUCUCACAAUAGAGAACUUAUAAAGUCUCUUUCUUCCUUCUUUGAAUUUUAAUUUUUGGAAAUCCUUAGCCUCGAACUGGGUUAGGGGACCUCUGGGAGGUCACAAGCUUCCUGAGAGUGCUCUGGACGACUCCACUAGAAGCAAUUUUAUUUUAUUCUAUGUCUAAAUUUGUAUCAGUAUCUCUACAAAUGUUAUAGUCCCACCCAGCCGAUUCUAGAUCCUUUAAAUUAACUUAAUAUCUUAGGCUCUUAGAAACUUUGUAGACUUCACUGUGUUACUCAUUUAUUCCUCUCUUGACAAUAUACUAUCGAGUCUGUAAAACAUUGUUUGCAGUAAUGCAUUUUAUACAAUUGCUGAUGAUCCUCAUUAAAAGCAUAACCACCACA